AGCGCCUGUCCCACAGUAUGCCCGGAAGUCCCGCGGACCGGAAGCCGAACUUUGAGGUCAUCGGAAGCGCGGAGAGCCUCGUCGGUCGGGUUCUAGUGGAGCAAGGUCUGGGCAAAUAUUGCGACCCGGACUUCGUGCGGUACACAUCGCGCGAGAUGCAGGAAGCGUUGGACAUGACGCGAGAGGAGAUGGACCAGGCCGCGCAUCAGUUGCUCCUGCAAGAGCGACGCGGCCAACCGUUGUCGUACCAGCUGCAGCAGGGCGCGGAGCAGCCGCAGCAACAGCAGCAACAGCUGCACCCGUGGAGCAGCCAGCAGCAACAUCAGACCACGACCGGCAUUGGCUAUCAGCCGUUGCAGGAGCAGCCACCGAGUCAGCCGGUCUACCGUCAGCUGCACUCUUCCAGCUAUCGUCGUCGCAGCAGUAAUCGGCAGCAGCAGCAGCAACAACAGCAACAGCGACAACCGCCGUCCUAGCAGGACGAAAAGCCACUCGCCACGGCGCGAACCACGUCGUCCACCACGACGUAACCCGAAAACUCCCUACUCCCCCGUGUCGGGAGUAGUCGCCAAAUGAUCGAGGUCGCCAGUUAACAUGAAGUAACUGCGAGGAAUCACCAUUGAAGGACCACCGACGGGAUCUGAAUCGAUCGCGAGCUCGAUGGAUUCAGACCCAUGCGUGGAUUCGAUCGCCGUUGUUGUUGUUGCUCGAGGAGCACGAGGACGUUUUACAAACUGUUCUGAAUAUGUAUAGCGUAUACGUAGUUAGGACCGAGAGAUGCCACUCGAGAGCACAAAAUGCCGAUUUAGUCUAGAGGGGGAGGAAGUAGCGGGACGAAGUCGCGACGCGAAGGGCGACCGCUCGGCGUCGAGAUGUCCAUUCCGCGUGACACGCUCGGAUCAAACCCAAUAAACGCGCAUUUUCGUUUCGAGUGGAUAUUUUCUAAUCAAGCGCGGAUGUUCACCCGGCAUCCUUUUCAGUCACGCGAAUCGCUCGCGAUCAUCACUUGGCGCGGGUUGCGCGCAAGUCGCGAUCGAGCGAGGCAAGUUGCUGUUCGUUUAGGUACAAGAAUAUAUUAGGCUUUAAGAGAUGUAUUUUCGCCGCGAUGGGGAUAGGUCAAGACGAUCCAGGAGUCGUCGCGGCGCGGAGCUUUGUUUUAUGAAACGUCAUUUUACGAACGAUCGCGAGAUUAAGAUCGACGAAGCAUCCUGGGACCCGAGAGCUCCCGGCGGAAUUGAGUUUAUUUCUCUAGAAACAGUCCUCUAGAGAUUCACCAUUGUUCCCGUUUAACGUUGAUCUCCGUUUUCGGUUUUCGAGUCGUCUUGACCGAGGGCGAGUGCCACGUGUACCACGUGUAAAAGGUAGACGAAUUAAAAUAAAAGAAACUCGUGGGAAAUUGUAAAUUUCUCACACUGUGAAUCUUAUUAAGUUGGCUUCAUAAUUUAUAGAAAUAAUAUUUAACGAUCUACAUAAGAAGCAUACAAUUGGCAAUAAUUAAUCGAGAGUUCGAGAAGUGAAUUUCUUAUUCAAUUAUCUUAAUUCGUCUGUUUUUUAUAGCGAUCUAAUACCUUCUUUUACAAGACUCAUUACCUGUUUUAACUCUUUACGACACUUUAUAGAAUAUUUAUUAUUACCUUAUAAGUGUAAUCUGACGUGAGAACUUUUUACCAAACACCUACCACAAUUUCCUAUUGGAUAGUAAAAAUCUCUCUUCUAUACAAAUAAGCGCGAACGGAGGGAAUCGAAUGAAAAAAUGCUAUAAUAAAAAAUUCGAGUCGUAAAGGGUUAAAGGAGGUUGAAAAAAAAAAAUAACACGUCGGCGGAUGAUCGCUCUUAUUGUUCUCAUUAUUGAUUAAUCUCGUUGCCCUUGUUCUGAUAAUUACCGGUUACUAGCACGAUGAUUACAACUCAUGACUCAUACGUAUAUGGAUUCUAGAUGAGAUAACAAGUGCCUAAGUAUCUAUAACUUCUUUUGGACCAGAGAAAGACUUUUAUCAACUUAGACAAAGUAAAUGACUAUUAUUGCGAAUUAUUAUUGCGCGAAGAGAGAGAGUUGCGAGUCGAGUGUGUUGUACACUACUGACGAUAUGUUGUGACGAUAUAUAGAUAUUAUUAUUCGUAUUUGUAAUUGUGUACAUAGCACCGUUGCGCGCGUAUAUUUCCGCUGAGAUACGUGAGGAUGAAUGGCCAAUAAACUAGCGCUGCGAGAGAUUCGAGAUUAUAUAUUAAUAUAUAUAUAUAUAUAUAAAAAUAUAUAUAUAUUAUAUAUCUCUAGAUGGCAAUCUCUAUACAAAACGAGAGUAAGGGUGGGCGGGGACAUAACGGGGAUGGUGAGUAAAUGGGACGCACGCGGAUCUUUUCUCCCUUGGGGAAACAACGCGGCCAUUCAAUAUAUGAUUUUUAUUACAAAAAAUGUAAGCUCGGACGUGACGACGCGAGGAUCUAAAUCACGAAUCUCUUUCUCUCUCUUUCUUAACCCACGAUUACAUCCACUCAGGUGCAUGCUCAACGAUACGGAGAGCUUUAUAAAAAGCCAUUUCAUGAUUCCCAACAAUCUCAUCUCCGGGGACGCGUGUCGCUUGCGAAAAAUUUACGGUGGGUUUUAAUUAAUGAGAUAAACCGAAAAUUUCGCUUCAAUCGGCUGAUAUUUGAAAAUAUUCUGUUGUAAAAUAUUCUGUCUAUUGUGAAAAAUUAAUAACACUAAAGAAAAUUUGACGUUUAGCAAAUCUACUCAAAGACGGAAUUAAGUCAAUUAAAAUAAAAAUUAUAAAAUAACUUGAAAUUAUUCAGCUUUUACAUAUAAUGUAUAAUUGGAUAUAUCGAAAGUAAUAAUGGUAUGAAAUUGAGGUAAAAUAUGAAAGACAGUAGAAGUGAAAAGUUGCUCGAGAUAAUUUAAGACCCGUCUCCGUGAGAAAUCUCUGGAGUAAAUCGUUCGGAAAUAGCACGGGUCCUCUUUCACGCACAAAGAAUUUAUUCGUAAAAGAAUACAAUCGACAGAGAACCGCAACAGCCGCAACAAUGCAAUCUCAAACUUUUAACCCGAUCGCAAUAUGUAGAAAUCGCGUUUUGUGUGUUGUUCGACUGACUUUUGGGGUACGCAGAAACGUGAGAUUGGGAACCGGAGGAUGAUAAUAGACAUUAAAACUAAUUACGUAAAUGUUAACUUAUAGACGUUGACAAAUUUUUAAGCUCUCGUAAAUUUUAUAAGUACUCGUCAAUCGGCGUGGUUCUGGAGAUUUGUCGCGUAAUGCUUCGAUUUUUUUCCAUUUGUAUACAUAUGUCGAGUGGUAAGGAGGAGGAAAAAAAA